ACAGGUACACAAGCUAUCUGGCAUGCGCAAAAAGGUCACUGUACAUGGAGUAGCUGCCUAGACCCACAAGACAUAAGAGCAAGUUGCAUACAUCGCGCCCACCAAAAUGGGCCCUAUACAUUACUUUAUAUUUUUGGUCUGUUUCACAGCAUUAAAAGUAUACGCUGAUGACCCCAAGGUUUCCAUAUCUGAAACUGACCCACCCACCAAUGCCAUCUACAAGAUGAUCGUACAAGAGCAGGACAAGGACGUACAGAUGAGCUGUGUGGUGGAGAACAAACCAGUUGAUGUUGAGGUCCAAUGGACCUACCAAACAUACGGAGCCAAUGCCACACUGAUUCAAAUAGCCACAGGGACCAGGUCUUACGAUGCUUUUCGGUGGGCCCUUGAUAAGCCCACGCCAACUGCCUGGCGUCUUCGUCUCCAGAACGCCCAGGUGACAGAUGAGGGGCUGUACACCUGUAAGGUGCAGGUGGGGCAGAACAACUAUGUUUGGGACCAGAAGGAACUCAAAGUAGUUAAGAAGCCAUUGAUAUCAGAUCUGGAUACCAGCAAUGAUAUGACUAAGAAUGAAGAGGACACGGCCAAGCUGGAGUGCUAUGCCAAUGGUAUCCCUAAACCAAUCAUCAAGUGGAGGAGAAUGGCUGGUGAGCUGUUACCCAACGGUGGAACAGAAUUCCAGGGCAACAUAUUGAGUAUCACCAGGAUUGAGGCUGACCACGCAGGUAUCUACAGGUGUACAGCAGAGAAUUCCGCAGGCAUUGACUACAGGGAGAUCAGGAUAUCUGUUAAUUUCCGUCCUGAAGUUGUUUCCGGCACUCCUGUAGCCAAGCAGGCCAUUGGCUACACAAAGGAGUUGAUCUGUGAUAUCAAGGGCUACCCCCCACCUAGCCCAGAGGGUAUCAGUUGGUCUAAAGAGAACAGGCCUGUUUUGAAUGGUGGCAGAUAUGACAUCCGCAACAUCCCAGGGGCCUCUAACAGAAUCACCAGUAUCCUGGUCAUCAAGAGUGUCCAGCAGUCGGACUACGGUCUGUACGUCUGUAAGGCUGAGAAUGACAAGGGUUCCAGACAAGUUAGCAUGGAAUUACAAGCCUCUAAAGAGCCAACGCCUACCAGAGGUGGAUAUUUCAGUGGUGGGUCCACCUUGUCCCUCAACAUAGCCACAGUCUUGAUGCUGAUCACAGUUGUGUUGUUACAUCAUGUACAGCUGCUAAGAUAAACAUUAUCCUCAUUUGAUUCUUCAUAUUUUUAAAGUUCAGGGCAAAAAUUUUCUGAAUUCUGGCUAGCUUAUUGUUUUGCCAGAUACAACCAGAACCUUUCAGGACUAAACUAAAUUGUUAAAUUUUUCAGAUUAAUUUAUUUAAAAAUGGAUUUUAUUUUAUUAAAACUAGCCUCGCCGUAAAUCUUACCGGGAUUUUCUACAUAUUUUAGAUUUAAAUAUUUUAAAAUCUUAAUGGGAUUUUCUACAUAUAUUUUAGCUCAAUUUUGACACAAUUUAAACACUGUUUACUGAUAGAAAAGAAUCGAUAGCUCUUUCUUUCAUUAUAACUACCUUAUUCUAUACAUUCCAUUUGUACAUAACAUGUUGAUCUGAUAGUAUCAUUUGUACAUUUUUCAUUAAAGUUUCUUUUCUAAAGUUAUGCACAUAUUUUUAAGCCUUAGGACAGUUACCAUUUUGCAGCAAUGAUUUUGUACAUUUUCCUAUAACUUUAUGUAAGUGGCAUAAUGGUUUGUCUUGAUGAAUGCGGUAUAAAUGUUUAAAAAAUAGUCACCCUCAAAUUAAAAGGUUCUGUUUACUUUGUUUUAUAUAGACUAAUAAGAUCUUUUAAUUCUAGGGUGAGGUCAUGUCUACAUAUAUUUAAUAUACACAUCAUAUUUUACUGAAUUAUUGUCCUUUGUUGAUAAUUCAUUCCAAUCCAUUUUUAAAAAAAAACAAAGAAGUUCCUCGUGGUGAAUUUAGUAGAUUUAAUAUAUUAGCCAUGAUUAUAGUAUUGUUGAGAUUAUAAAUGAGUUCAUUCCAGUAUACAACUGUAUAGCCAGAUCAUAUCAUACAUGUUAAGCAAUAGUGGACAGUAAGUGCACUGACCCUUUGGAUGCUGCAGCUAUAGAGGACUGCCAUUUGGGGCAGUGUGUUCAGUACAUGCCAGUUGGAAAGAAUAAAGAAUGAGUUAACCUUUGACCUCACUAGUGGUUCAAUAAGUUUUUACUGUACAUAAAAUCUUGUAAUGGCUGAAUGAUUUAUUUUUACAACCUAAUGAUGUAUACAGUUUUUUAAAUAAAGGUUUACUUAAUUAA